AUGCUGGGCAUGGGCAUGGGCAUGGGCGUGGGCGUGGGCGUGGGCGUGAUGGGCGUGAUGGGCGUGAUGGGCGUGGUGGGCGUGGUGGGCAUCCGGCAAGUCUUGCUGUCUUUCAACGUCCACCGCAGCACCCUGCAGACACAAGCAACACCUCCUACUAUCAACAUAUAUCGACUUCGGGCACAUAUCCACUCGUUCAACUGCUCCGCUGUCCAACAGCCUGAUCAUUCACUACGCACAAUCGACCUGAAGAGGAAGCAGCAGCCAGCACAAAUUCAGGCUCUGCACGCUGGUACGACUGCUUCGAACCACAUUGGCAUCCCGGAACGGCGUCUUGCUGCUUCGCCCACGAUCGUCCCAGCCGCGUAG